AUGACCAAACGUCUGCCCCUCGAGGUCAAGCUCUCGCGCAAGGCCACGCGCCGCGGGCUCGCAGACUCGUGCCGGGACUCGGUGCGCAAGAAAAAAAGCGUCUACAGAGAUGGCUCGCGCACGCAGUCGAGCAGGAACUCGUCUGUGGCGUCGCAGGACCCGCCACUCGAAAGGCUCGGCUCGCUGCCCUUCGUGUUUGCCCCGGACCCGCGCAACUUCGAGUCGACGAUGGCCAACGACGAGUACGCGCAGCUGACCGACCUGCUCAACACGAACCCGCCCUCGCCCACGGACGAUUUUGUCGACUUCGAGGAGGACAAGGAGUUCCGGCCGUUCAUCGAGAUCGACAUCGAGAGCCUGACGAUGCGGUCGUCGUACCCGAACAAUGAGACGCCCAACUCGUACGUGUACAACGAGUGGCACUCGGCGAUGCCGAACCUUGCCCGCGAGGUGCCCGCGGUGCCCGAGCAGGACGAAUUCUACGUUGCGCCGAUCCUGGUGCGCCAGCACGUCAAGCACCCGGACGAUAUUUAUUUGACCCAGCUGAUCAAGCCGUACCGGUACCCGCGCGCGUACCACGCGCUGAUCUCGUACUUGAAGCGGCGGUUCAGCAAGGGCCAGCUGAUCGAGAUCGCCAAGUGCAUGGCCAAGUACCGGCCGUCGUUCAUUUCUGCUACCAAGUCGCUGCACGAGAACGAUUUGCUGUUCACAGAGCACUCGUUCCAGCGGUCGCUGCUGGAAUACGAGCAUCUGAUCGCGCUGUCGCCGUCGCCGAUCGCGAUCUGGCGCCGCACGGGCGAGAUCGUCGCGCUCACAGACACGUUUGCCGUCAUGACGGGCUACUCGCGCAAGGCGCUGCUGUCGAAGCGCACCUUCAUAGUCGAGCUGAUGGACGACGAGAGCACGAUCAAGUACUUCCGCAGCUUCAGCGAGCUGGCGUUCGGCGACCUCAACGCCACGUACCUCACCGACUGCAACCUGCGCAAGGCCGAGGACCGCAACUACCUGCGCUGCUGCUGCAUCUGGACCAUCAAGCGCGACGUGUUCGACAUCCCGAUGCUCAUUGUCGGGCAGUUUCUACCGGUCUUGGACAGGGUUUCAUAG